AUGCGCCGAGAGAAACAACGACGUGAUAACCUUGCAUCUGACAACCACAUACCCUCAUGGGGACGAGUUGCAAUUCCUAAGCCAGUCACCGGGACCCUGGCUAAUACGGACCUGCGAUUCAGGAUUAGCCAAAUCGAUGGUGCACCGGACAUCGUGGGGCCUAUUGUAUCACUUCUACUAGCGGUAGAGGCCCUUCACCAGUCCGUGGCAGGAUCAAAAGAGCUAGCACGUAUUAUCUCCCUCGACCACGCCAGCCUAAUCGAUUUCCGCGCCCGAUUCGUCGAGGGGGAUCCACACGUCAUCCGCGCAAUGCGUGAGGGUCUCGGAAGCUCACUCAAUCUCAUCCGUGACGCCACAGCUCUCGCCGAAGGUCUACUUCUAGUAGAUAGAUGCAUUGACACACUCAAAGAUGGGGCCUUGAAAUCUGAGGUGAUGGCGAUCGCCAACGAGAUGCGCCCACCACCGCAAACCCCGCUCCCCCACAUACAACUCCUGGAUUUCUGA